AUGGCCAAUCAGGCAAACAUUUCAUACCAUUCGUUAGACAUAGGAGCAAUGAAGACUAGGCAGAUAAGUACGUGGAAUAGGAAGCUCUACUCGAGUGUAGCGAAGUUCUAUAUGACUGGCACCUUGGCUGGCAGCCGUUGGGUUAAUAACCUUCAUCUUCGAUUCUACCUGCCUUCCGUGAAUAUAUCCCGUCUGCCUGCUUGGGCAGGUACCUCCGGAUUCUGCAUUGUUGAUCACGUGGCCCACAAUUUCGAAAUACAGAAUCGACUUCAUCACCACUCACUCAACCGCAGCAUCAUCAAGCACACUCAAGCGCUCCGCGAGCGACUUCAAACUCCUGGCCGAGCGGCCGCUGCAAAGGACACAACGAGACAUAGCUAUCUCGGCUUAUCCGUGAAGCCAGAGUCGCUUGUCGACCUGCCUUUCUUCCAAGAUGACAAACUGUCACGCAAGCAGCAUACUGGUGCCCUGCGACAAACCAACGUCAAGGAAUCACUUGAUGCUGCUCGUACUCGGAUGCAGUCACAACUCACCCAAGGCAGCUCCAUGCAACACCAUUCCUUGCUUAACUUCUUCUUCUUUUUUGGCGACAAGCCAUCACUUAAACAACUGCUGUCCUUCUUCUUUUCUUCGGCGACCAGCCAUCGCUUGAACCACUCUUCUUCUUCUUUUUUUCCCUUGGCGAUCAACCAUCACUUAAACUACUUGUUCUUCUUCUUCUUUGGCGAUAAGCCAUCGUAUUCUUCUUCUUCUUCUUGUUGUCUCUAUUUGAUGGAGAUGCCUGCGAAGCUGUGGUCAAUAAUGGCCCAGUGGAGAUACCAGAACGAUAUGCUGGCACCUUUACGUAGUAUUCUGGAUGAGUAA